UUGCUAGCCAGUGCCGGAGUCGAGCAGUGCAGUGUCGAACGGAUUACCAGAUACUCAUCCUCAAGGAAUCACCAAACAGUCAAUCAACUCGAAAUGGCCGCCAACCAGAAGAUUGUGUUCGCCCUCGUCUGCCUCUUUGUGGCAUGUGAUUUGGUGCUGGGUCAGCAGCAGGCGGCCAACAGCUCGGAUGCGGAAUCGGAUGUGGCGGAAAGCCGUACUUUUGGCCAUCAUUUCCUGCGGCGCAUCAGCUUCGCCUUGGUGCCCGGCGCCUUCGUCGUGGGCGUGAUCACCACCCUACUGGCGGCCUUGACUGUCGUCUCCAUCAAGGGACUGGGCGUGGGCGUUAUCCUGCUGGUGCUGGCCAUCGGACAAAUGCUGUCCCGUGCUCUUCCCGUCCAGGCAGCCGCCGCCUAUGCCGCUGCACCCGUUCCAGUCCAGGCUCCCGUGCCAGUGGUCUACUCCCACUCGCACACCCAGCAGCCCGUCUGGUUGGAGAAGGAGUGGUAGAGGAUUGACAGGAUGACAGUGCAAGACCAGGAAUAACGGCGAGCUGGUAGCGGGCCAGGAUUCAGAUUUACCUCAGCCUCAGCGAGCGUGCAACCAAAUAAUAAUUUAAGUCUAGUUUAAAUUAUUUAUUUAACUUAUUUAUUUAUUACAAGUCGAGGAUGGCAAAGACAUUUAGCAGAGAGUUUGUAUUGAAAAACCAUUAUGCAAAUUAGUCUGCUGAAUGAAGAAACAUUGCAAUUGAGCAAGGAAGAAAAAUGAUUUAAAUAUUAUAAAGUAAAGAUGUUUGACAAGGGAAAAUUUUUUAAAGCAGAAAAAAAUAAAUAUGAUACCUAUAAUAAAAGCACAUUAAAAAUUAUGUUCAAUAUAGAAAGAGUAAAUGA